AUAUAUUGAAAUCUCCGUCAGAAACAUUUCGGCAAUCAAUUCAAAAUUAGAAAAAAAUACACUUACAAAAAUUUCCAGUAUGACCAACAACGGCAAGCUGGCCCUAGAUUUCACCGGCAAGGUAGUGCUAGUAACUGGAGCGGCAUCCGGAAUUGGGGCAGCCACAGCCGAAAUGUUCUCCAAAUUGGGUGCAUGCUUGGCUCUACUAGAUCGGGAUGAGACAAAACUAAUGACUGUACUCAAGAAUUGUAUUAAACUAGGCAAUGAACCGUACGCAAUGUCUGCAGAUCUUUUGAAAACCGCUGAAAUCGAAUGUGUGGCCCGUAAGAUGAGAGAACGCUUUGGCACCUCACUCGAUGUCUUGGUCAAUGGGGCUGGCAUAAUGCCCAUGGGCACACUGCCGGAAACCCAUUUGGCCUGCCUGAAGCACAUCUUCGAUGCCAAUGUCAGAUCAAUGUUCUAUUUGACCCAGCAGCUGUUGCCGAAUAUAGUGCUAAGUAAAGGCAACAUUGUCAAUAUAUCCAGCGUAUGUGGUCUGAGAGCGUUUCCCAAUCUGAUUGCCUAUAAUAUGUCAAAGGCAGCUGUCGAUCAGUUCACUCGAUCGUUGGCCUUAGAAUUAGGACAAAAGGGCGUACGUGUAAAUGCUGUUAAUCCGGGUGUGAUUCGCACCAAUAUCUUCUUGUCUGGCGGCAUGGAUAAGCAGACCUAUGACAAUUUCAUUGAGAGGGCUAAGCAAACUCAUGUGCUGGGUAGGCCAGGCUUUCCAGAUGAGGUGGCUUCUUGCAUUUGCUUUUUGGCCAGUAAUCUGGCUAGUUUUGUGACGGGUGUGACAUUUCCCGUCGACGGUGGCAAGCAAAUCAUGUGUCCUCGUUAGCCGGAAUAAAGUUAUUGGCCACUUGGCUUCACCUGGUGCAAUAUCUAUGUGACUUGCGAUGUUCUGGCCUGCUCGUCG